AUGGCUAUGGAUUCUGCUGCUGAAGUAAGUCAGUUCGUCUGGUAUCCACCAAAACAGCUUGCUCUUUCUAACUUAUUGAAGUGGACCGCUGAUAAUUUCUGUAUUGAUCUUUCUAAUCCAUUCUUGACUAAUUCUUACAAGGCUUCACUUUUUAAAGCGGAACAACGUAUUUUGGAAACGUCUCCUUUCUUGUUUACUGCUUUUUCACUAGGGCAUCCUGUUAGAAGAAACCUUCAUGAAUUACAAAGUUUACGCUCAAUUGCGUCACGGCCUUAUGUGCAAAACUUGCUGGACAAAGAGAUUGAUGGCUGCCAGAAGCGACUAGAAGAGCUUCAGUCGACAUCCGUUGAGUCACCGCUUAACGGCACUGCGACUUCUUCAGACACCCCUUCAAAGCCGUUUAUGCCGUCUGGCCCAUUGCCAACUGUGAAAAUCACUAAUUAUGCUUGGGAUCAAAGCGACAAGUUUGUCAAACUGUAUUUGACGAUACCCGGCAUUCAUACGGUUCCAGCUAAUCAAAUAGUUGUGAAUUUUGCCAGCAAUCGCUUCGAUAUGACAGCCACUAAUGUUGACGGAAAAAAUUAUGAGUUGGUAAUGAAAGGUCUCAUGCAACAAAUCGACCCGGGAGCGUCUUACUUUAAGCAAAAAACGGACUCUUUGUUGAUAAUGCUGAAGAAGAAAGAAGGAGGUAAAUGGGAGCAUCUUGUGAAGGCCGAGACGAGCACCAAAGACAAGAGCAAUUUCAAAUUCGAUGAAAAAGCCGAUCCUCAAGAAUCUCUGAUGAAAAUGAUGAAGCAGAUGUACGAUGAAGGAGAUGACGACAUGAAGCGAACGAUUCGAAAAGCAUGGCACGAAAGUCAGACCAAUAAGGCGAAAAACCCCGACCUGGACGUCUGA